AACGCAUUCAGUCCAACACAAUCCACACCGGCACACAUAAAAGGCUGAACACAGUGGUAGUCCACAGCUGCUGUGUCUGGAUAAUUACAACAACUGGACCUAUAACGAUUCACAAUUCCACAGUUUGUCAGCAUGGUCAAGUGCAUGGGCAUACUACUGGUUGGUAUUUUCUUGGCUUUCAUGACGUCUUCCUACAUCUGGUUGGGACUAACAGUUCAAAAUCGCUGUCCUUUGAUACCUCCAAAUCUACUUGGGGCUUUUUCACCACGGAUGGAAGCUUUGUCUUUUGAGGAACUGGAAAGGCAACAUACAGAACUAAAUCUUGGUGGUCGAUUCACACCUCUGGGUUGCAUAGCUCGUCACCGAGUGGCCAUUAUUGUGCCCUAUCGCGACCGAGAGUCCCAUCUCAAGGUUCUCCUCAACAACCUUCAUCCCAUUUUGCAACGACAGCAACUAGAUUACGGCAUCUACGUCGUGGAACAGGCUUUGCCAGGCACAUUCAACAAAGCCACAAUGAUGAACGUAGGUUACACAGAGGCAUUAAAGGACUUUGACUUCCAGUGUGUUAUUUUCCACGAUGUGGAUCUCAUCCCCGAGAAUGACAAUAACCUAUAUACUUGUCCUGUGAAUCCACGUCAUAUGGCAGUUGCUACGGACAAGCAUAAUUACAAACUGUUCUAUAACGGCGCAUUUGGCGGAGUGCUCGCACUUACCAAGGAACACAUGAACAAAGUCAAUGGCUUCUCUAAUAGAUACUUUGGCUGGGGUAUGGAAGAUGACGACAUGUUGCAAAGAGUUAGACACAGUGGAUUAACAAUUAGUAGACCACCAGCAGAAGUUGCUCGGUACAGAAAUAUAUUACACAAACGAGACGAAACAAAUCCAGUAAACAAGGAUCGAUUUAAAAUUAUAAGACAGGUUGCCAAAGGCAGGAAAACCGAUGGACUAAAUUCACUUAGCUAUGAAUUACUGAAAAAGGAGUACAGAAAACUGUACACCUGGAUCUAUGUGAAGAUAAAUAGAAGAUCUGAUUUUCCUGAGAACACAUGAAUCGACGGGUAAUGAUGAAUGGACCUGACCAACAUUCACUUUUCCUCAAACAUGUUUUCACUUUGUUUCACCCAUCCAUUUAUACAAGAAAUAUACACCCUCUAGGAUGGGUUCAGUGAUAUAAUGCGACAACAAUAUAACAGCUGACUUCAAGAGGCGAUAUCCUAAAACAAGUAACUGUGCAGAAAUGGCGAACUCGGUCGAUAUUCAUUAUAUAUACCAACGGGAAAAUGUGACUUAGAAUACAGUUCAAUAAAAAAUCAAUUUAUUCUGAAAUUAAACAAUGCAGCUUUCAAUACAUGUUCAUGAAUACAUCUCUUCUUUUAUGUGGUGAUUCACAAUUUACACGUGCAUGUUAACGCACGGCGCACAAUUUGGAUGUUUUCGUGUUUAUUGGGAGCAAUAUGUGAAAAGAACUGUAAAUAACGCUUACACAAUGCCAAGGCUUGGUGAAAAUCAAAGUCUAUGCGCCGUUGGUAUUCAGCAAACAGGAAUGGCGCAAAACGAAGUUUCCAGACAUUAUAAUGUUCUUCGAGGCACAAUAUCAUCUCUUUGGAGACGUAAUCUACAGCAGAGCAACAUUCAUGACUUACCAUGGGCAGGCCGUACCAGUGUGACGUUAGGUAAACAAGACAACCAUAUUUGGUUGGUACAUCUACGGAAUCGAUACCAAACUGCCACAUUUACAGCAGACCAAUGAAUGGCAUAAUCGUAUGCAACCGCUUGCAGGAGCACAACAUCCGGCCCCUA